GCGAAGAUAAGGCGGCGUGGCGGCAAUUUCGGUUUCGCUCGACGUUGUCCAAUUCGAUAUAAGUUGGAUGAGAGUGGAAUCUCUGUCUUCAUUCCACCGUCCUCGUUCUCGCUCCACCUAGAGUGUUGAGUCCAUCUCUUUAAUUUUUCCUUGCCGUUUGGAGAACCUCAAAAACAUGUCUUCGGAAAAGUUUGAAGACCCCGAGCUCGCGGGUGACAAGAUCGUCCAAGCUCAUUACUCUCAACAUGACGUCCAAGAAGUGAAAAAUGCCGACAUGUCUGAUUAUUCUUUCACUGCGGAGGAGAGUCGGGCAGUGGUGAAGAAAUUUGAUUGGCAUAUUUUGCCUUUCAUUUGGUGGUGCUACCUUUUCAACUCGUUAGACAGGUCCAACGUUUCCAACGCCAAGAGUGACGGUAUGACCACCGAUCUCCACUUUCCUCACGAGGGUUAUUCCAUCAUGUUGUCCGUUUUCUACGUCCCUUUCACCACCUUGGUCGUUCCCGGUGUCCUCUUGACCCGUAGGAUUGGCCCCAGGUUUACGAUUCCCGGUUAUAUGUUUGGAUGGGGAGCCAUGGCUAUGAUCAACGCUGGUUGCAAGAACUUUGCAGGAGUUUUGGUUGUUCGUUUGAUUCUUGGUGCUUUUGAAGCUGGUUUCGCCGCUUCUCUGAUUUACUAUUUGACCACUUUCUACACCCGUGGUGAACUUGGUAAACGUAUCGCCGCUUUUUAUUCGUGUAACGCUCUUUCUGGUGCUUUCUCCGGUCUCAUCGCAUAUGGUGUUUUCCAGAUGGACUCGAAAUUGUGGGGAUGGCAAAUUCUUUUCCUCAUCGAAGGCGCUUUCACCGUCGCUUUCGCUGUCCUCGUCGCUCUUUCUCUACCGUGGCAUCCUGAAACCGCUAAAUUCCUUUCCGCUCGCGAGAGGGAAGUGGCCAAAUUACGUCUUCUCAGAGAUGGUUCCGUCGAGACACACACCACUUUCAACGCCAAAAAGUUUUUCAAGCCUUUACGAGAUUGGAAAUACUAUGUUUAUGCUUGCAUUGCUCUUUGUUACGGUACCGCCGCAUCUGUCGCUGGUAACUUCUUGACUCAAAUCAUCGGUCGAUUCCAUUACAGUGUGGUCAAGACCAAUUUGUAUACCGUAGCACCUUAUGUUUGUGGAACUUUGGUCUUACUCAUCACCACCUGGUCUUCUGAUCAUUUCAGAGAACGUGGUUUUCAUCUUGCAUCCGCCCUUGUCUUUGUCAUUGUCGGUUGUAUUAUUCUCACCGCCAUCCCCGUCACCAGCAUUCACGUCGGAUACUUUGCUACUUUCCUCAUCACCAUGGGUUCUUUCACUCCUUCGGUGAUAUUCCACACAUGGCAUCAAUGUAAUGACCCUACUGAAGAUGGUCGUGCUUUCCGAGUCGGUUCAUUCACUUUCUUAGCCAAUACUGGAGGUAUCGUCAGUUCCAACAUUUUCCUUGAUAAAUGGGCUCCUGCGUACAUUCAACCACUUGGUAUAACCGCUGGUUUAGAAGGUUUAGGUCUAAUUAUUGUCAUUUACCUACGUAUGUGGAUGUACCUUGAUAACAGGCGUCGUAACAAAGAACAAGGCGUCAAUUGGCAAAGUAAAGAUGUUCCAACUUCAGCAUUAGCGGAAGGACCCGCUAAUCCUUCCUUCCGACACUUUUAUUGA